AUGGAAGAGAAGAGCGAAACGACAUCAAAGGAUACCUUGGAUUCGUAUGGCUCUAACUUCGGUUUUUUAUGCGUUAGAGGAAUUGGUUCGCAGAUGCUACUGUUGUUGGUGAGCCUUCGGUCAAAAACUUAAGUCGACCAAACAUCCAUUUUGACAAACCGUACGUUGGAGUACCACGAAGGGAUAUGAUUGGCUUGAGUGAGAUAUUUUCCUUGUGUAACUUCGGUAGACCUUAAAAACGAACCGUGGCGGUGUCAGUGGGUUUCAUGGAGAACCAGUCGUUGGGCGUCAUCGCCCCCAUGGUCCUGAGAUUUCUUAGGCUUUUGUUUAUCCGGGAGAUUAGAUUUGUCAUUUCGCUGGCACGGCAUUGUUUGUAGGAAUGCUGGUCUUUCAGUAGGUCCUGUACCUUGUUCUGGUAGUCCGAUUUGUCCAACACAACUGUUGAACGCCCUUUAUCAGCUGGCAGAAUAAUUAUGUCCUCAUUUGCUUUUAGGCUUUUCAGUGGUCGCUGUUCCACAUUGCCAAGAGUUUGGCACCUCUUGUGUCGCAUAAGCAACGGGAAGGUUUGGUGGCGGAUAAAAUCUGUCGUCUUUUCUGAUGCUCUUGUUAAUUGAAGAGCAGAUUCGAAGGCAGCAAUAAACUAUGCGAAUGCGGCAUCUGCUGUGUUAAAAGUGACUCCACGUUCAAGAAGUGUGAGUUGUAUGUUUUUGAGGGGUUUGGUGGAAGGGUUGUGGACUUAGACGCCUGCCGAGUUGUCUGGGUUUCGUACUCGAAGUUUUUCCCAAUUUCGUUGACAAUUCCUUGCCUCUUUUGACUUGUACUUUCUGAGCAGGUCUGAGAAUCGUCAGUUCAAUAUCCAUCGAUUCUUCACCGGCAGCUGCCCAGAGAUGAGAUUUAGAUUGCUUUACCUCGAUGUUGUAGCGUUCUAGUAUUUGAUGGCAAUCGGGAAUUAGCACUCUCGUCAUUCUUCUAUCAUGUUGGGCUACAGUCUCCCUUGCUAGAGCAGAAUUCACAGGUUUGUAGGUGACACUUUUUAGGGUCAAUUGGUUGUCAGUUACUACUACUACUACUACUACUACUACUACUACUACUACUACUACUACUACUACUACUACUACUACUACUACUACUACUACUACUACUACUACUACUACUACUACUACUACUACUACUACUACUACUACUACUACUACUACUACUACUACUACUACUAUUACUACUACUACUACUGUUACCAACCACUACUACUAUUACUACCCACCACUGCUACUACUACUGCUACUACAACUACCACUACUGCAGCUUUUACUGCUACUACUGCCACCACUACUACUACUACUAGUACUACUACUACGACCACCACCACUACUACUAUGACUACUACUGCUGCUUCUAAAGCUUCCGCAUCUGUCUCCUGCAUUGUCGCUACUUAG